AAAUACAUAAAUCAUAAUUUAGAUGUAAUUACUACAAGCACCAUUGAUUUUGCCAACGACCACGAUAGCUUCCGACUCCAAACAUGCUGCGACAAAUUCUGUUGAAAAAUCAUCAAGAAGCCCUUACAAUGGCUGAUAGCCGAGAACGAAUACGUGGACCAUCGAGGGAUGGUCGGGAAUUUUUGACUAGCCCACGGCAAGUGCUGCGUCGCCUAAUGUUGUUAUCCGAGGGACGCCAGUAUCGGGAAGCUGCUGGAGUUGUUGGUCGUCUGGGACCGUCGGUAUUGAGAUCUGUUAUUGCCGAAUUACCAAUUGAUUUGUUGCUGGAACAUUUGCCUCAUAGCUCAUAUCUACUGGAGUCGUUCUUUUCAAGAUUAAUCACAGUCAAUCCUUCGCCCAAGCCGGAUGUACCCACCGAAGCGGUUCUUUGGCAAUUGAUCAAACUUUUCUCCAAUCCCCAUGAUCCUGGUCUAAAACAACGAUGCCUAAAACUUCUACAAUCCCUGGUGCAAUAUGAACCGAAUUUAAGGCACACCAUACGAGAGACUCGUAAAUCCUUCAAUGAUGCCGUUCAGGGACUGGGUGUACAUGGCCUGACCACAGAUGCCUCAGGCCAGUUAAUAUCCCUGCACAUGGCGCUCAAAAGUGAACUGCAAAGACACAUCGACACCUACAAAGUGGCCCUACACAAACUGGAAGAGUUGAGCGCAAUAACCAUAAAUCAAGAUCCUGCCCAUUCCUCCCAUCAACGCCUGCUGGCCAUAAACUAUGGCGAUAUACAACAGCGUUUAAUAGAUAAUAAAACCAUUUUAACACUUCUCGAUAAACCUGCUCUCAAACAAUUAGCUAGUCUCAUUGAAAAUCUAUCCCAACGUGUUGAGAACGAUAAGGAGGUGCUGAAGGCAGUCGGGCAGGUGAAGAGAGUGGAUAUGCAGGCGAACUUAGAGAAACGACCUGCCGCGGGCUUGCUCAUGAAUUUUGCCCGUGGCUGUGAAGUUGUUCUACAAAUGAUGGGGCCAGAAAGCCUGAAUGGUCCCAAUACCACACCGAGUAUUGGUUCGCCCAAUGGUGGCAGUAACAGCAGUUGCAGUGAUGGCUAUCAUUCGGAUGAUUCGGCUAAUGAAGAAAUAAGCGGCAUGGUCUCACAGUAUCGCUUGCUGUAUCUGGAAAAUAGGACAGAUACGUUGGAGGCAUUGGACAGUUUACCCCAGCUUAAACACGUUCACAAUUUGAAAGCAAAAAUCUUAUUUUCAAUAAUAGUGCUUUCAUUUCGUCUGUGUCAUGGCAUGCGCGAACGCAAAGUUAUGGAAGUUCGACGAACUCUCAAUUGUCCCCUGGAUAGUACAAAUGAAAUAACACUGGCCUUGGAUAGAUCGAUACGUCAGCAUUUGCAUGAUACCAUUGACACCUUUCCACUGGGCGAAAUCGAAAGAUCUGUGUUUAAUCAGGUCCUUUCAACAUUACAUGAGUACUCAUGCUUGGAAUCAUGUCCCCCGCUUAUGCACUUUGUCAGUGCUUGUGUGCGUUUGGCCUGGAAAAUGGUUAAUCAAAAGGUGCCCUAUUAUCUGGACAAUGAUUUUAAUUUGGGUUUCUUACGCCCCGAAAAACAUGAACGCCAUGCCCAAGCCGAUCGUCGCUCGGAUUUAAUUAAAUCCUUCCUGUGGCCAGCCCUGAUGCAAAACACCCAUUGUGUGUUUAAGGCAAUUGUGGUGACUUAAAACCUGCAGCCUUUUCAACGAUAGUAUAUAAGACCAUAGAAAAUACGUUUUUAAAUAAGUUCUAAAUUUUGUACAUAUUCAUCUUAAUGAUUUUAAAAUAAAAAAACAACAAAUAAUUAAAAUAAAUAAAAAAUACAUAACAUAUUAAAAUAAGCAAUAACUAAA